UUCCAUUACUACUUUGACAUGUCACCUAUGCAAUCCUAACCCAAUUGGGGAAUACCAAAGAUUGUAUGUAUAUAAAAGUAUAGUUCUCCAAUUUUGUGUUGUCAAAUUAAAUUGAAACCCUUCAAAACUCACAACUCUCUCUACUCUACUCUACUCUCUGCUAUACCAUGGAUGAAAAACAAGCAUCUAUUGCAUUAGAAGAUAAUUAUGAGGAGAAAGUCAAUAGACAUUGCUGUUGUGGAUGUUUGUGUGACAAGUCACAGUGGAUUAUGAGGCAGCAGCAACAACAAGGGGAGAUCAAUGAAGGUUGUUGGUUCAAGAAGAAAGCCGAGAAGCUGAGACAAAUCUUGGAGUGGAACAACUUUAUUGGAAGGUUUUGCAUUCAUGGAAUAUGUAACAAGAAGAAGAACAAGAGCAGAAUGCAAUUUCACUACGAUCCGCAAAGCUAUGCUCUGAAUUUUGAUGAUGGUUAUUAUAACAACAGAGAAUUAGACGAUCCUCCGCUUGGUGAAUUUGCAGCUCGGUUUACAGCUCCACACCAGACCAUUGAUGACAUUGCUUAGUUUUUUUUUCUUUUUUGGUUGUA